CAGUCAUAUCAGGCCCCGAUGCAACCGUUUCACCUUCAUCUGGAGGAUAUAUUGGCAAAAUAUGACUGGAUAUCCACUGUCACUCAUUCACCUGAUAUCGCCUCCCUUCUUCGUACCAACGACGCGCCAUCACCUCUACAGUCUACUCAGCUGAAGGCGUCCCUAGAGGGCCUUGAAAGGGCCUCUUGCUGACCUAGAGAGCGACCUUGAGUUGCUCCGUAAUGCUGUUAUGUUACUAGAGACUCGAAUGUCGCGUCUCCAGUCACUCAAGCAUGACUACGAGACUGCAUUAUCCCCGAUACGUCGCAUUCCCUUGGAGAUCACGAUGGAAAUCGUACGCCGCUCGUGGGGAGAUGAUUUUGCAUUUCCCGUCUUCAGAAUCCGGGACGGGCCGUGGCAUCUUGGUCAGGUGUGCAGCUUAUGGCGAAAUGUCGUCGAGAAAUAUUGCCCGGAGCUAUGGGCCUACCAUAGAGGUGUCAUUGUUGUGCUACAGAGGUGCCGUGCCUAUAAAAGCCGACAUGGCGGAAACUCUCCGCGUCGUCCUUGAACGCUCCCGCAACCAUCCUCUCAAUGUUCAGUUUGGCUUCGUUGGCCUGGAUGACGUAGAAGGAAGAGGAGUUGCAGGAAUGGAACGGUGUUUCGAUAUCAUGAUCGCCCAUUCAAAGCGAUGGAGGGUCGUAGACAUGAUGAUCCCUCCAUACCUUUUGUCGCGACUCUCUCUCAUCCGUGGAAGGAUUGAUUGGCUUGAGAACAUACGACUCUCUAGUUACGGAGACCCGCAGUCCGGAGAUAUCAGGGCCUUCGAGGUUGCCCCGAAACUCAAAAAACUGCAUUUGAACGACAUGCACCCUGAAGCUAGCAUCCGUUUUCCUGUUGCCAAUCUUGUAUCUUUCUUCGACAAAAGAGCAUUUGGCGGAGACAAGCUGACACGCGAAUAUCUGGACGUCGUCCGACUAGCACCAAACCUUCGCUCGUUUUCGUACAAUGACUAUGGUAUUAGCCAUAUAUCCAUGCCGCUUUCCUUUCCCUGCGUCACGUCUAGAUCGCUCACAGAACUUUCAGCAUCUUCUCCAAAAUUUUUGCGCAAUAUGGAACUGCCAUCGCUGAGGGAAUUCACACUAACAACUAUGUGUAAUGCAGACACGGGAGGUGUGGUGAUAAAAUGCCCUGAGGAUGCACUGGGCGCACUCCACGAGAUGCUUCUGCGAUCACAGUGUUCCCUAACAAAAUUACAUCUUAUCGAUGCAGUCUUGGACAAUAACCUGGCGAACAUCAUUCGACUCGUGCCUAGUUUGCAAGAAUUCGACAUCGACUUCUACGAGUGGAUGGAUGAUUAUGACCCCAUAAUGCAGUCCCUUGUGACACAAAUGAGCGAGGUCCGCCUGGUAGACGGGUCACCUCAGCACUCCAUGGUCCCAUCUCUACAGGGACUUUGUGUUAACCUGUUCGAUGUUUCUAACAGGCACAUCUCUUUCAUUAAUUCCGCCUUUGUCGAUAUGGUAGCUUCGCGACUGCAUCAACCGACCGACACGCCACGCCUCAGGUGGCUUGACCUACGCGCGCUGGGGCACAGACAGAGCUAUGAUAUUGAUGAGUCGGGCGAGAAUAUACUAGAGAGUUUGAUGGAUGAUGGACUUGAGCUUUAUCUCAGCUUGCACGACAACGAUCGCAGGUUUGGAUAAAUAAUAUGGCGGGAUUGUGUGAUCAGUUGAUUGUAUAGUACAAGCGUGAUACUGGCGUACCCUACACUACUGAGAAGCAAUUAUUGGAAAGUAGUCGUGUUGAGGUCAGAUACACUUUGCUUGAUGACAGGCUGGGAAUGAAACUCUUUGGAUAAACAUUCAUGUCUAUCACAUCAUCACGUCCAUCGAGAU